CUAUUCCACCCUCCGACAGUCAGAAACAUGGCGUUACGAGAGCUAUCGUCGCUGGAAAAAUAUUUAGGACUGAAAAAGCCUAACAAGUACAGUACACAGGGGGACAAAAAGAUACCUGUGCUACAGAAUAAUAAUGGUCCUCCACUGGUGGGACUAGUGACCAUCGCCUGUCAUCUGGUGAAAGAGGCCAAGCGUCCAGAGCUGCUGGGUGAUUCUGCAGAGAGCAGGGCUGUGGUACAGCAGUGGUUAGAGUUCAGAGUCACCAGACUGGACAGCUACUCCAAAGAAGACAUCAAGACCAUCCUGAAGGAUCUCAAUGCCUAUUUGCAAGACAAGGUUUACAUGGCCGGGAACCAGUUCACCUUAGCUGAUACCCUCAUCUACUACGGAAUCCAUCCACUCAUUGUGGACUUGGCCAUCCAGGAGAAGGAGCAGUACGUGAAUGUGACGCGAUGGUUCAACCACAUCCAGCACUACCCCGGCAUCCGACACCACCUCCCUCCAGUAGUUGUGCUCAGAAACAGAAUUUACACAAGCAGACACCACUGAGACUUCACCCGAAUCAACCCGACUCGCAACAACCCCGUCUGAGUUUUUGAUCCCCACGAUUAUUUUUUAAAAUCCAAUCCACAGUUUGUUGUUUUCCAUACACUCAUUUUAUCCAAGGGUUCUUGUUAUUCUGGUUACUUCUGUCUUCAUGUUUUGUUCUGGGCUACAUGCCUCGAUAUUAUUUCAGUUCAGAGACUCUGACUUAACCUUCAACCUGCAUGUUUAACUAAGAAGAACAGGUACUUCUUCAUCUCUAAGGGAAUACAUGUUAAUAAAAAUGUUGAAUGUGUCAAAACGUUUUUUUUUUUUAAAUUUUGUUGCACAGUUAGGUGAUGACUUAGUGUUAACUAGUAGAAAGGUCAUUUUAACCAUCCAUGGAUUCAUGCACACUAAGGUUAUUUAUACAAACUUUGAUGUCUUAACCAAUGCAAAGCCAAGGGAGCAACAUUAUGGGACAGUUACAGUUGUGUUUUAUGUUUUUGUGCAACUUAAACUGUUUUUGUUGUAAGUGAUGAAGGCUGUGCUGCAGUGAAAGGUGCUGCUAACUUGAUUAAAAUUUGUUAAUAUA